AUGGACGAAGAGGAGAAGGAGGAGGAGAAGAAGAGAAUUCAAAGCAAUAUGGACUACUGGACCCUAUUUCGGCGAUACCUUGACUUUUUCUACACAUGUGUCACCGGUUACAUCUACUUUCAGUACUCUAGAAGAUUUCAAUAUAAGAAACCUCGUGAGAAUUUGACUCCUCUCGAUGAUGUAGUAUAUAUCAGUCCGAAUAUAAUACGAGUCCUUGGCCAGAAUCCUGGGACAUUCACACUCCAGGGCACGAACACCUAUCUGGUUGGUUCUGAGAAAAAGAAGCUUUUAAUAGAUGCUGGAGAGGCGAACAACAUGAGAUAUAUUGGCAAACUCAAAGAAUCCCUUGGUGAUGCCACUAUAGAAGGAAUAAUCUGCACGCAUUGGCAUCACGAUCACACAGGUGGAUGUCCUUCGGUACGAGACCACUUUCGGACGUCACGAGGCGAAAAACCACCAGUCUAUAGAAGAAAGUACAAGACAAAUAAGAAUCUCAGUGAAUGUACAUAUGUUGAGGAAGGACAUGUGUUCAAACAAGACGGUAUUACCCUAAGGGUGAUUGAUACGAGGGGUCACACCUCUGACCAUAUCUCAUUAUUUUACGAAGAAGAAGGAGUACUGUUCAGUGGUGACUGCAUUUUAGGACAAGGCACAAGUAUAUUCGAGGAUCUCAGUGAUUACAUGCGUUCAUUAAAAAAACUUCUCGAGCUGCCUUGCAAGAUAAUUUGCCCUGGCCACGGUCCUGUAAUCAUCGAUGCGAAAGCGAAAAUUAAGGAAUACAUUGAAAGACGAGAAAAACGGGAGCAGCAGAUACUCGAUUAUUUCCGUAAGGUCGUACGAGCAAAUCCACUUGAAGUUACUCGAGGUCUCUACAAAACGUUGCCUAGAAAUGUACAUGUGGCCGCCUUCCGAUCCACCCAACUUCACCUGAAAAAAUUGGAAGACGAGGGUAAACUGAGAAAAACAGGUCUUGUAGACUAUGUGUAUGUUCAUUGUUGA